GCCAGGAUCCUUGCUGGAUAUAUAUAACAGUAUGUUCCUGGCUAUCGAAUCGAGCUGAUCGAGAAAGAAACAGAGAGGAACACCUGGGAUCCACCAUGCAGUUUAGAAUCAGUGUGAGGUUCUUGAUCUUCUCGGCGACGUUGACCGUCGCGCUGGCCACGUUCGGCAAAGAACACGUGCACAUCAGAAUCCACAUACCGGAGAUCAUUCAGCAUGACGAGAAGAAGAUUAUUAAGUACGAGGAGGAUCACGGUGGACACGAUCAUGGAGGAGGAGGUGGCGGUGGCGAUCACACUGUAAUAAUCACUUCGCCUGGAGGGGGCCACGGAGGUGGAUUUGGAGGAGGAGGUGGAUUUGGCGGAGGGCACGGGGGUGGUGGUUUCGGAGGAGGUCACGGAGGUCACGGAGGUGGAUUCUCUAGCUUCGGGGGUGGUGGUGGCGGAGGAUUCGGAGGUGGCCACGGAGACAUCAUAAUAUCUAGUCCAGGCGGUGGCCACGGUGGUGGAGGCUACGGAGGCGGUGGUGGUGGUGGAUUCGAUGACCAUCACGGUGGCGGAGGAUUCGGUGGCGGUGGUGGUGGAUUCGACGAUCAUCACGGUGGCGGAGGAUUUGGAGGUGGUGGUGGCGGAGGAUUCGGUGGCGGCGGCGGUGGAUUCGACGAUCAUCACGGUGGCGGAGGAUUUGGAGGAGGCGGCGGUGGUUACGGAGGCGGUGGUGGAUUCGACGAUCAUCACGGUGGCGGAGGAUUUGGAGGAGGCGGAUACGGAGGUGGUGGCGGUGGAUUCGAUGUACACCAUGGUGGUGGAGGUUUUGGAGGCGGCGGUGGUGGAUUCGAUGGCCAUCACGGUGGCGGAGGAGGAGGAGGAGGAGGCGGAGGUGGUGGAUACGGAGGUGGUGGAUACGGAGGUGGUGGCGGUGGAUUCGAUUCACACCAUGGUGGAGGAGGUUUUGGAGGAGGCGGUGGAUAUGGAAGUAGCGGAGGAGGAUAUGAUGAUCACCAUGGAGGAGGAGGAGGCUUUGGAGGUGGUGGAUUCGGUGGUGGACACGGUGGUGGCGGUGGAGGUGGAUUCCACGCAUCUAGCUUCGGAAGCAGUGGCCACGGCGGAGGCGGAGGCGGAGGUGGAUACAGUUCCGGCGGUGGUUAUGACUCGUACUCGAGCGGUGGUGGUGGUGGUGGCGGCGGUCAUGGCGGCGGCGGUUUCUCGGGUUACCACAAGAAAAAAUAAAAACGGACCAAUAUCGCGUUUCCGAUCGGUCGACGUUGACCGACUUUCGAGAUCGUGGCGACCGAGUAUUCCGCGUUCCCCUCGAUCACGCGAUCGUUAAACUCGUCACGUGUAUCUCGAUCGCGAUCCAUCCGAGUGUGACGCGCGACACUGCCAGCACACACGACACAGAACGCCUGUGAUCGAUUUCUGAACGAUCGUUCCUUCGAUUUCUCCCGAUUCUCCCCGGGUGAGUGUUCCAUUCCCAGACGACCAUUUGUCAUUUCCACUUUCGUUUUUGAACGAGCUCGCGCUCGUCAUUUAUUCGCCGUUGAACGCAGCAGAGAAAAUGGAAAGUUUAGAAAUUCGAUCGAUUCGGGAUUAGUAUCGUCAUAACGUUCGCAGCGUCGAUUUAGCAUGUUAAACGAAUCUGUCUGACGCGCCGUUUCUAAGAAGAAUCGUUGGUAAUCGUUGGAUUCGCAGCGUUGGAUAGCGCAAUUUGCCGAGGGAAAAUUUAGAAACAAGGAAGAAUAGUUCGUUCAACUUCGUGCAAACUCUGCACGACGUUUUAGCUUACUUUUUAAUGUCUACUCGCGUGCGUUUCGCAACCACGACGCAUCUACCUGAUUGUUUUAUUCGUUGCAGUUAUUGUAUAUAUCAUACGUUGUGUAAAUACUCCUCUUUCUACUGUUAUUUUUUAAUAAAUUGUUUUGUAUUUGCGUUUUGUAA